UUCAAGCUCCAGAUUUCAAGUUGAAUCCAGUCAGGAAGCUGAUCCCAGCAGCCAGAGGGGGGCAAGUGAUGAUUGAGUGUCACCCUCAAGCAGCACCAAAGCCCAUCCUGUCCUGGAGCCGUGGGACAGAGCUGCUCACCAACAACAGCAGAAUCACAGUGACUCCUGACGGCAUGUUAUGGAUCCACAACAUCAGCAGGAUUGAUGAAGGAAAAUAUACCUGCUUUGCUGAAAACUACCUGGGCAAAGCAAACAGCACGGGACACCUGUCUGUCAGAGACGCCACUAAGAUCACGCUAGCUCCCUCCAAUGCUGACAUCAACCAGGGAGAGAACGCCACACUGCAGUGUCACGCUUCCCAUGACCCAACAAUGGACCUCACAUUCACUUGGGCCCUGAAUGGAGUCCUGCUCUCCCUUGAGAACAGUGAUGGGCCUUAUCACCGAGUGGAGGGGAAGGAAAACAUUGGUGACCUGCUGAUUGUAAAUGCCAAGCUGAGUCAGGCAGGAACUUUCACCUGCACAGCUCAGACUGUCGUGGACAACGCUUCAGCUUCAGCCAAACUGGUUGUACGAGGGCCUCCAGGACCUCCAGGAGGUCUGCUUGUAAAGAAUGUGACUGAGACAUCUGUUGAGCUAAGGUGGAGUCGUGGCUACGAUAACCACAGCCCCAUUGGCAGAUACAUCAUUAUGGGUCGAUCUGCUCUGUCAUUAGAUUGGAAGAAGAUGAUGACAGAACCAGAAAACAUUGAAGGGAAUGCAGAGUCUGUUCGAGUGGUUGGACUGAUGCCCUGGAUGGAUUACGAGUUUCAAGUCAUUGGUAGCAACAUUCUGGGCAGAGGAGAACCCAGCAUACCGUCCCCUAUGGUCCGCACACAGCAAUCAGCUCCCACAGUGGCCCCAAGUGGACUUGGUGGAGGAGGAGGAGACCACAAUGAGCUGAUUGUUACCUGGACGCCCAUGGCCAGAGAGUACCAGAAUGGUGAUGGCUUUGGCUACAUUUUGGCAUUCAGAAAGAAAGGCAUGUCCUUGUGGUCAGAGGUGGGAAUUCCAUAUGUGGAGGCUUCUCGACAUGUUUACUAUAAUGAAAGCCUGAUGCCUUACACUCCCUUUGAAGUGAAGAUCAAAGCUUUUAACCGCAGAGGAGAAGGUCCUUUCAGCCAGACUGUAGUGGUCCACUCUGCAGAAGAAGAGCCUACGGUGGGACCUUCAAGCAUCAAUGCUACAGCUCUGUCUGCCUUUGAGAUCCAGGUGUCAUGGGAAUGCGUCCACCUGCUCAACACUAAUGGGAUCAUCAGAGGAUAUGAGAUCCGGUACUGGCGGCAGCAUGAGAUAGAGGCUGCAGCGGACAGAGUGAGAACUUCUGGACUGGAACUGACAGCCAGGGUAUCAGGCCUUCGGCCCAGCACUCGGUACCACGUCGCUGUGCUGGCUUAUAACAGCGCUGGGACUGGGCCACCAUCACCUCGCAUCUUCGUCACCACCAGGAAACCACCUCCUAAUCGUCCUCCCGGUAAUGUGUCAUGGAAGACUGAAGGCUCUGUUGUGGUGAUGAGGUGGGAUCCGGUGGUGGCGAUGCACAAUGAGUCCGCUGUGUUGGGCUAUAAAGUUCUGUACAAACAUAACCACGAGACAGCACUGAAGUUAGUGGACAAGACAAAGUCAUCAGUGACCCUACCAUUACCAAACGACAGCGGGUAUGUUGUCUUGGAAAUUCGCUCUUGGGGUGAAGGAGGAGAUGGACCAGCACAUGAGAUCAUAGUCUCCCAGGACCCAGGAACUGCAAUGAUGGUGCAGAAGGAUGCCUCCUCCCAUCUGUCCCCUCUCUACCUACAUACUGGAUUGGUUCUGUUUUUUCGUGUGUUGCUGUCUGACCUGUGAUCCCGUUCAGCCGGGGGACUUGUUACUGGCUCUGUGUUGAGCAGGAGGAGCAACUCAUCUGUAAAUCAACAUUCUUGAACUAAAAAAGGUGUCUGCGUCAGAUGAAAUCAUGCCUUAGAUUUCAUGAUGGACUGAUGAUGCAACACAGCAUCCUUCAAACUUCUGAUGGACCAGAUUCAUAGUAGUUAGUUAACAAGUGUACAUCCCCCCCCCCAAUGAUAACCAUCUUAAAGUUUAAGGACAGAACAUGAAAGGUUUUGUCAGGUCUUCAGCUAGGUGCAACACAGUGGGCUCUCCUUUACAUGUGAUAUAGGUAGCAGAUUAUUGGGGUCCUGGCUGCAUGGCAGGGUUUUUGGCACCAGCAAAACCAAUACGUAGUCAGGUUCCUGCUUUAAGAACGCUGUAAUCCACCCGCUUCUUAAAAAAACGAGUCUCGACCCCUCUCUCCAUAGCAGCUUCAGACCCGUCUCUAAACUUCCGUUCAUCUCCAAGAUCUUGGAAAAGGUUGUGGCUAAACAACUCACAGCUGCUCUUGAUGAACAUAACAUCUAUGAUAGCUUCCAGUCAGGUUUUCGUAGAGCUCAUUCUACUGAAACAGCUCUUCUUAGGGUCUCUAAUGACCUUCUGACCCACAGUGAUGCAGGGGACUGUUCUGUUCUGGUCCUGCUGGACCUGACUGCAGCCUUUGACUCUGUUACAGUCCUCCACCACCUAUCUUACCCAGGGUGUCCCACAAGGUUCUGUGCUGGGGCCUCUAACUCUUCCUCCUCUAUCUGCUUCCUCUUCAGCACAUCCUGAGCUCCUUCAAAGGAAUCUCCUACCAUCUUUACGCAGAUGACAUCCAACUGUACAUCUCCUUUAAGCCCCAUGAGAUGUCUAAGCUGCAGCUGUUACACACCUGCUUAGACUCUAUCAAAACCUGGACGGUGGGAGCUUUCUUCAGCUGAAUGAAGAUAAGACUGAGAUCCUCAUCUGUGCCCCAGACAAGCUGGUUCCCAAAGUCAGAGACUCUCUUGUGGGCCAUUCCCUUCUGUACCGGGUCGGCCCGGGCCGGGUAGCGUAGGUUGUUUACAUAUCUGGGUGGCCUGGUAUUUUUCCGGGCCAACCAAGGCUCAUUCUCAGCCCUCUUCUCGAGGGGGUCUGCUUCAGGCCGACCAGGGCCAACACACCCACUGCUGACAGCAAAUUCACACCAACCAUUAGAGCAAGCCUCUGAUUGGUGGGUAGAAUCAGCCCACAUGGGCUUAAGGCAAGGAUGUGUGGAAUCAACCGGGCCAGGCUGGGGCCGACUGGGGCUACCCGGCCCGGGCCGACCCGGUACAGAUGGGAAUGGCCCAUUAGUGAGCUUGCUUCUCUCACCAAACCUUCUGUCAGGAAUCUUGGCGUGACCUUUGACCCAGCUCUCACCCUGGAUUCUCAUGUCAGUUCUCUUGUUGGCUCUUCCUUCUUCCAUCUCAGGAACGUUGCUAAGCUGAGUCCCAUUCUGUCCCGCUCUGAACUUGAGACAGUUCUCCACACCUUCAUCUCCUCACGCUUAGACUACUGUAACUCUCUUUUCACGUGUCUGAGCAGAACCUCCCUGAACCGUCUACAGGUGGUUCAGAACGCCUGUGCUCGGCUUCUGACCAAGUCCUCCAAACACACCCACAUCACCCCGCUUCUCCUCCAGCUUCACUGGCUGCCAGCCAACUUCAGGGUUCAUUUCAAGAUCCCGGGGCCUCAUUUAUCAACCGUACUUAUGCACAAAUCUGUGCAUAGGAAUUAAUUUAUGCAUUGUGUGGUAUUCAUCAUUUUGAACCUGUGCAUGAAAAUGUUCCUAAAUAUAAGAAGACUUUAGACCAUGCGUAGGAACAGCAUCUGGUGGAACGAAGGAACCGCAACACUGACUUGUCUCAGUCAUCCACUAAUUAUUUUACCCAACAAAUGUUUAUUUUGGUGGAAAAAGUGCUGAGUCACAUAACUGGUGCUAAAACACCCCACAGAAAUUUGACAUUGUAGGAUGGAUUUCAUGUUUUUUGUAAUCGGAAUGUUUACUCUUCCCAUUUUUAUGAGGUUCUUAAUCCUUUUAUUGAAUUAAUAUUUUUUUAAAUGUUAAUUAUAUUUUUUCCUUGUGAAACACCUCGUGAUUUUGCUUGAAAUGCACUAAAUAGAAGAUCGUUUCAAUAUAAUUUACAAAUGAAGGAUUUGACUCAGUGGUCUCCUUUAAAAAGCAGGUGAAGACUCACCUGUUCGCACUGGUUUUGGUGGGACCGUCUGUUGAAUCUUCGUGACCAGCUUCUCUUCAUGCUGUUGCUUCUGUCAAGUCUGUCUCUUCCAGGAUCCUGUUCCUUUUCAUGUUUAAUUCACGUUUUUAUGUUGCUUAGGGUUAGGGAAGUAGAACGCACAACUGAUUAUUUAUCGAAAAUAAUAUCAUCAAAUCUCCUUGACGCUGACCCACGUCUCACUUCCUGCCUGGCUCAGGGGAAUUCUUUAACUUUAACAUUCCUCACACAGCUUCCGGAAAAAAUAGACUCUGUGGGAACGUUCUGGAUCCCUGCAUUCGGGUCUGCACCACAGCUGGUGUAAAUACUCUGAUUGGGCUCAGUGGUUUCUAAUGCAUGUGAAACUGGACUGUAUCCAUUCUGGAUUCAGUGUGAUCAAGGCUUCAGGCCCUCUUUCUCUUCUUUUUAUAUUUGUCAAAAUUACUGGUUUUGAAUAUUGUCACAUAUGAAUAGAAGCCGAAUGAAUACUUCUAAAAUGGAUAGAAAACCAGUUAAAGAACAUUUAAUAUUAAAAACAUUUUAAAAAAUUAAAAAAUACCUUUCAAGUAGUUUUUAUGUUGUGUUAUGAUUCAUUCUUCAAACAUCACAACAAAAAAUGCUCAUAAAAUUAAUAAAGACGAAGAUAUUUGAAUAAAAUACAAGCGAAAUGUGAUGAAAACACAAAAUUCUAGUUUAUAAAAACAGAAAUAACAUUUCUACUACUUUCCUGAUUCACUGAAUCACUUCAUGUUUUUAGUUUUCUCAUAGAUGUUAAGUGUUGCUUCACUAGUGAAUAACUGCAGGUAAAAUGAUGCUUUGCUAUGUUUUAUGUCAUCAAUAUUAAAUAAUGUUGGAGAUUUGUUAUUUUUCUCUGCCCAUGGUUGAUCAGCGGGUCUGGGGUUAAUAGAGGUCAGACUCGUGGCGUGCACCGGCCAUAUGGGGUGAGAGAGACCAAAGCCCCCUUCAGACCGGCCAUGAAAAACGGAAACGUUCAGGACUCUGUCCGUGAGACCUUUGUGUCGGAAUACAAACAUCCGGAUAAUGUUUUCCGUAAUUAAACUGGACAAAGCCCCUAGUAACAGGCCACGGACAGGGUGGCUGCUUCAGACUGUUGAGGUCGAGUUCCGGACAGGGAGGAGGGAGAGGAGGCAGGGUAUCUGCAGGUCCUUAAAAAGUCUUAAAUUAGCUUUUCCAAAUUUAAGGCCUUAAAAAUCCUUAAAAAAUACAAAUAAUCCUUAAAUAGUUUUCAAAAGUCUUAAAUUACCAAAGACCCAAUAAACAAGAUUCUUUUAUUUCUAUAAAAUUUUCGUGAAUUUCUAGUUAGUGUUCAGCAUUUUUUGUGUAUGGUAUUGGCGUAAGCGGAACCGUACACGUUCGGUUGGUUGUGAAAGGGGGCUAUUUUUAGAUGAGCACGUUAAGCUAGUGGGAGUUUGCGCCAUGGGGAAGUGCAACAUUAAUGGUAACUGGAUGGCUAAUCCCACAUUCACGACGUGGUUAGCACCGGUUCCAGGCAAUAGCUGGAAAUUAUAGCUUAAAUUUGGUCCAAGUGGCCUUAAAAAAGGUCUUAAAAAGUCUUAAAUUUGGCUCCCUUAAACCUGCAGAUACCCUGAGGAGGUGGGGACCGGGGGACACUGUGCGCACCUAGAUAGCUCGCUCCUGUAGCAUGCAGCGAACCAUGGCAGCUCGCCUCCUACGGUACCAUCUAGACGCACGACGGAGCGCUUCACACCGCUUCCGUGAUUCCUUUAACCAUUGAGCUUCAUCAUCCAGGUCUCUUAUGCGUCUUCGUGUGCGCAGAAUUAUGCUUAACAUAAGUCCGAUCAGUGAGAAGAAUUAUAUCUCUUCGUCUGCCAUGUUUGACUGAAUGGCUUUGUUUGGGUACAUCACACAUGUACGCCCGCCGCACCAUGUUUACGCAAUAUCUGGGUACAGCCUUCCCACCCCCUCCCCCUCAGACAUCUGGAACUUUUCCCUGCCGUGUGAAGGCAGCCGAAAGGACAAGUUCAGGUACAAAAGUGGCGUGUCUGAAAACACAGUUCUGGUUAAAAACCGGACUGAAUUGUCCGCACAUAUUCCAGAAUGUCAAUCUGAAAAGGGUUCAAGAGAGAGAGAAGCUGUACAAAACUUGAGUGUUAGUAAUGGGAGAAACAGCUGCGGAUGGAAAAUUGUUCAAACUAAAUCAUCACUGGAGACAUCCGAAAGUUUGGAAGUCUGUGAGUUUAUAGUGUGGGGUAUGCGUACCCCUGGUUUUGGAAUCACUGGCCUAAGCCAUGAGCCCCAUCAUGCCAUCAGUGUUGCUCAGCAUGGUCAUCUCUUGUAUAGCUGUAUCCUGAUCAGGUUUCAGAGAGAGGACCAGAGCUGGCUGUGGCGUUAGAGCAGAAUCACUAGGAACUUAAAGAACAUGGUGAACGAGACGCAGGACAAACAAAGGCAGGAAUCAUCUUUUUACCAACCUCACCAUGCCCCAGCCAAGUUCCAGUUGUUUGGGACAGGGACACUGCAACUACACCACUAACAUACAGUUUUAACUGACUCUGACUGGUUGUUUUAUAGCAUGAUGCAGAAAAUAGGUGAGCUGUAAUGUGUUUGUAACUACAUGCAUGGACGUAAUUUUGGGGGGGACAGGGGGGACAUGUCCCCCCCCCCCACUUUUUCCAAAGUCAAGUUUUGACCCCUGCACUUUUUACCAUCCAAAAACAAUAUUACGCUAUAUUAAAAUGACACUGGUUGAGCUCUAGGACCAAGAGGGAAAACAACCGUUUGUGUUGAAGCCUGUUUCCCAUUAGAGCAUACUGUAAAGACCCCCCCCGUGUCCCCCCCACUUCUAAAGUGAAAAUUACGCCCAUGACUACAUGUGAAAAUUCUCUAGCUUUGGUCACAUGGUUGGAACAUGAAGAUUCCAAAACAAAGUUCACACUAACGGGUGAUCGUGUAUUUAUUCCGUUUUAAUUAGAUAGCAGCAAGCACAGAAAAGUGACUCCAGACUUACCCAAAAAACGGGGGUUGUCUUUGUGAAGCUACAUAAGCUGCCAUGCUAAUACCAUCUUUCCAGAGGAGACUUCAGCCACUAACUGCAUGUAAUACAAUAACACAGCUUCCAGUAAAGAUUCUGGCUUCUACGUCCAUUAACAUACAAACUGUUUAGUUGAAAUAUGUAAUAUGUCUCUUUUUUUCAGCGUUGAAUUGAAAUUAAAAGUAGAUCAAGUCUUGUGUUUUUCUGAAUGUUUCCCUCUGUAUAUAUGCCAUGAUGGAGCCCUGAAUGUGUAGGUAGGUUGGGUUGAUUAGAGAACAAGUCUGAAAGUGAAUUAAAGCUUAAAGGUUUGGUCUGGAGAAAGCAUUGUUUUGUCAUGAAGUGAAACUUUAAAGUUAUUGCAUUUGUGUGAAAUCACUUUCUUUUAAUAAAUGGUACAUUUGUUAAACAUGCAAA